AUGGAGGGCGAGCCCUCCCGCAUCCCCGUCUACAGCGCGCUUCACCGCGCCGGCCCGCCCGCAGAAAUGCAAAUGGCCUUUCCUUCAAAGAAACAAUGCAUCAGCAAAACAGCAGAUCUAGAGUUCAGCAAAGAUCCCAACUUUAACUUUAGCUCAAACAUUCCAGCAGAUGGUGUCUUCAAAGCUACAAACCAAGGGUUGCCUAAAUCUGCCAAGAAAGUGGAACCGCUUUCAAAGAAGACGGCUACAAGAGGACCUCUCAACAGAUACAAACUAGAAGCAGAGCUGAAGACCAAGAAUCAGCUGUUAGAAACAGCCAAACAACAGCUACACUCCAGACUAACAGGAGCACAGGGUACUAUAAAGGAGUUAAAGGAGGAGAAUGAAGGCCUGGUACAAGAAGUUGAGAAGCUCAAGAAAUUUCAGGAGACUUGCAUGGUGAUCUUAGAAAGCAGAAACAUUGAUCCUGUUACAGGCAGCAACAUUUUGGAGGAGGAAGAGAAGACACAAGAAUGCCAGAAGCAGACAAGGCUGUUAACUGAGAAGCUCAUAGAAGAACUGAGGCUAUUUAAUCAAACAGCUGCAAAAGAAAAGGAGGUGCUUCAGACAGCGAUGGCUAAGUGGAAACUGGCAGAAGAAGAGAGACACCAGUCCCUGGAGAAGCAUUCCUCCUUUCAAGCAGAAAUUAAGGAAUGUUCAGCAAUACUCGAUGAGUUGGAGCUGCUCCUGGCUAUGUGAGGCACGAGGAUGGACUGUACUGUCUUUUUUUUUUUUUUGAUGUUUUACUCCUAGUUCAGCGGUCAGUCCUUUGCAGACCUAGUUCUUUCGUGUGGUGGCCUAACCCGAGGAGCAGGUUGCCGCUCUCUCUGGCGGGUUAGCACCUCCCGGGGGUAGGAACAGGACGGAUGGAUGGGGAGAGCCGCAACGGCUGGCUACCCAUGUUGUCAAGCUCUCCCAGCUCUUCCCACAUCUGCCUGGACUUUCUUUACCGCACGCCUUGCUGGUGCACGGCUCGUCUGCUUCAAUCUGUCGGCGCCUUGUAACCGUUACUGGUUUUAACCCAUUAAAUGCACUGGAAGGA